GAACGGAAUUCAGCAAUCAUCCAAUUACACCUCCCAGCCGUGCUGCCGGUGACUGCCUGAAUGGGUCUGCUGGCGUUUGCAGUUUCAUUGGAAUAUCCACACGGAGUUCUCUGACUUCUCUAUUCUACCCAGUAUCCAAGCGCCAACAUUCUCUUUGAAGAAUUAUUCACUCUAGAUACGGAGUUAGCGUGUGUAGUAGAGUGUAAAGUGUAUAUACGUGUUGCCAUUGUUUUAACCCCCAGAGGAUGAUUCACCUCGGAGGUCUGACUGGGUUGCCCAAAAUGUUUGGGAAGAAGAAGAAAAAAAUUGAGAUUUCGGGGCCUUCAAACUUUGAACACAGGGUUCACACUGGAUUUGACCAUAAGGAACAGAAGUUCAUAGGCCUACCCCAACAAUGGCAAAGUUUGCUGGCAGACACGGCCAAUAGGCCUAAGCCUAUGGUGGACCCAUCUUGCAUCACACCGAUACAGCUUGCUCCCAUGAAGAGCCACAUUAAACUGGAACCAGAAGCAACAAACAAGACAAUUGUCCGAGGCAGUAAACCACCACUGGAUGCUUCCAUCAAUGGCUUGCUUGAAGAUUUUGACAAUAUUUCUGUAACACGCUCCAAUUCCCUUCGAAAAGAAAGCCCACCGACUCCUCAUCAGGGACAUUCUAACCAUUUAAAAGGCUACCCCGAAGAAAAUGGCUUUUUUACCUUCUCCCAUGUAGGCUGGGAAAUUCCAAGGAGUAACGUUUCCGAAAGAUACAAAGAAAGAAGCCUUAGUGCAGAGGAAGCAGAAACCUAUUACAGAACAAACAAGCCAGCAAGACCCAAUGGACAUCCCAUAAAAAUGAGGUCAUAUGAAGCAUACUUUCCUGAAACAAGGUCUGUGAAAUCAGAUAUGUCCAGCUAUCCGUCUGAGUACCACCCACAACUGGAAAUGAAAAGUAAAUCUGUCGACCAAUGUGGACUUCCCUGGGACUAUCACAGGCUCACUGGGACAUCUCUUCAGGACUACAGGGAUUACUUUCCACCUUCAAUUACAGGGACAGUAAUGUUGAGUGAGGGCUCAAAAGAAAGACUUGAGUAUACUGAAUGGAGUGAUGGAAUACCGACGGAUGAGUACGAUAAGAGGCCAAAGUCAUCAUAUGUUACCCAGACAAGUCCUCAACCAGCCAUAAGACAAAGGUCGAGGUCUGGAUCUGGUCUUCAGGAACCUCUCAUGCCAUAUGGGGCAAGUGUUCUGAAAACAAACCAGCAGGGGCAUCCAUUCAGUUCAUACACAUACCCCCGCUUGUCAGAAACUGCUGCGUGCAUUCCAAAGGCAGAUUACGAUAGAACACAGACAUCCAUGAGUCCUCCGCUGACCGGAUCUGAUACAUACCCCCGAGGUCCCACAAAGCUACCUCAGUCUCAGUGCAAAUCCAGUUAUCCCUCAAGCAAUUACGAGUAUCCAUCAGUUUACCAUAAGCCGUCACCUUACCACCAGUCACCUCUUCAUACAAGCCCCCACUUCAUGUCUGCAGCUUCCUACCCCAGUUCUCCAAGUACUACAUCGAGUGUCUAUCCUCCUCCCAGCUGGGGAUCAUCUUCUGAUCAGCAACCAUCUAGAGUGUCCCAUGAACAAUUUAGGGCUGCAUUACAGCUUGUGGUCAGCCCCGGGGACCCCAGAGAAUAUUUGGAUGACUUCAUAAAAAUUGGAGAAGGUUCAACGGGAAUAGUUUGCAUAGCAACUGAGAAACACACAGGGAAACAAGUAGCAGUGAAAAAGAUGGAUCUCAGGAAACAGCAGAGAAGAGAACUUCUCUUUAAUGAGGUUGUAAUAAUGAGAGAUUAUCAUCAUGAAAAUGUUGUCGACAUGUACAAUAGCUACCUGGUUUGUGAUGAGCUGUGGGUCGUUAUGGAGUUUCUUGAAGGUGGUGCAUUGACGGAUAUUGUAACUCACACAAGAAUGAAUGAAGAGCAGAUAGCCACAGUUUGCUUGUCUGUCCUGAAAGCUUUGUCAUAUCUGCAUAACCAGGGAGUUAUUCAUAGGGAUAUCAAAAGUGACUCCAUACUCCUUACCAGUGAUGGAAGGAUUAAAUUAUCUGAUUUUGGGUUUUGCGCUCAAGUUUCCAAGGAGGUUCCCAAAAGAAAGUCACUGGUUGGCACUCCUUACUGGAUGGCGCCGGAGGUUAUCUCAAGACUGCCUUAUGGGACUGAGGUGGACAUAUGGUCUUUGGGUAUUAUGGUGAUAGAAAUGAUAGACGGCGAACCGCCAUAUUUCAACGAGCCGCCAUUGCAGGCAAUGCGUCGGAUACGAGAUAACUUACCUCCUCGAGUGAAAGAUAUACAUCAGGUUUCCUCCGUCCUUCGUGGAUUCUUGGACUUAAUGUUGGUGCGGGAACCUUCACAGAGAGCAACAGCACAAGGACUAUUAAGACAUCCAUUCUUGAAACUCUCAGGACCCCCGUCAUGUAUCAUCCCACUCAUGAGGCAAUACCGACACCACUAAGCCACAGUUUUAUACCAUUAUAAUCUGAAAUCGAUGAUCCGCCGCUACCAAAUCGAGGAACCACAAAAAGAUGUAAACAAAAUCCAGUUCUUUUUAGCAAAACUGCCUAUAUUUCUGUACAAUUACUUCAAGACUCUGGGGUGUGUCGAAACAAAAACCUCACUUUUCACUUUCUUUGCUUUCUUUAAUUUAAAAAAAAAAAAAUAUCAAUGCAGACUUUUUACUAUUAUUCUUUUGAGAUAGUCGAAUAGUAGUUAACUAAUAAUCUAGAGCUAUCCCCAAUAUUUAUUUGAAUAAAGGGAAACACAAAUGGUAUUUCUUUAAAUACUGUAAAUCCUUCUUUGAGGUAAAAUUGCACUUUUUUUCAAAAAAAAAAAGUAGGAGUGUAAUGUAUUUUGAAAUGAAUUUGUAAUUUUCUGUAUGAUACUUUUGAUAAUUUGCAGUUUUUGAUGUUAUGUAAACAUUGUGCCAGUUCAAAACCAGGUGUAAUUUACCAAACAUUUUAACAAACAAUUCCUACUUUUAUAUCCCUUUUGGAAAACACAAAUGCCUCGGUUUCAAUGUCUCUUUUGCUUACAUGAAAUUUACAUGGAAUAUCAUAAAGUUUCCAGGAGUGGUUUGCAAUGCUUUCUUUUGGGCCCUUUUGCCUCCAUCAAUGUUGACGUUAUUAAAUACUAUGAAAGAUCAAAUACAUGUAUUGGCAUCAAUCAGUAUUUACCUUUACAGAAUCAAAUAACCUAUAAAAGAAUCCAGAUGUAAUUUAUUUAUUGCAUAUAUAUAUAUUUGCUGGUCAUUAUUCAUUCCGAGGGGGUGACUGUGUAACAGAAAUCGCAGUAUUUUGGUGUCAAAACCUAUUUUGUUUUAGAUGAUUUUUUGUAACUCUAAGGCCAUUUUUUUUAACGUUUUUAAUUUAUUAUUUUACAACCCUACUUGAAUUUUUACUUGAGUAAAAGGAGAAGACCGAAUUAAAUAUAUUUAUUUUAUUAUAUUUCAAUUUUUUUAUUUAAACUCCAUUUUUUAUAAUUAUUAUUUAAACCCAGCAGUCAACAUAAAGCGGGUAUUUUUCCAUAUUUCCAUCAUCAUUUCAUUGUGAUGUUGUUGUAGGAUGUGUUUGAUUUAAGAUACACUUGUGCUGCUGUCUGUUUUAUUUUUAUGUAAAAAAAAAUAAAUGAAUGGCUACAAAAUUUUGUGUUGCUUGUCAAAUAAACUUGCAUGUCAGUGCUAGGCGUAAAUAGAUUUGUGUUUUUGCAACCACUUGAUUCAUAAUUAUCUCAAUGCAAAAUAAUAAACUUUAUUUAUUAAUGA